AUGACUUCUUCUACACACUAUCUCUCACUCCUCUCGGUGCUCGUUGUGUUAGUUAAGACGAGUCCCGUGCCCAGCGCGCUCUCUGAUCUCAAGACCUCGGGAUGGACCUCAGGAGAGGAGCUCGCGACAGACUCGUUCUCAGGUGAAACGGGCGCGCCACCGAAGUGGGAGCAAAUUGUCAAGAUGCUUGUUCACGAGGUAACCACCUUCAGAGACCAACAGUUUGUGGAGGAGUUUCAGAAGCCUGUGGAAGAGAUGUCAUCGUUCACACAGCACCAGGUCCCCUCCACCCCCCCACACCUCUCCAAGACACUUUGCUUCACCUCCAAAAAGGAGGCAUGUCUGCAGGAGAUCAGUCGUGGUCUGCAGGUGUACCAGGUUCUUCUCCAGCACGUUAAGGCUGAAUACCCACAAUCCACCCUGCUCCCCUCUGUCACACACCAGACCACAGUCCUGAUAGGGCUGGUCAAAGACCAGAUGAAGGCUGCUGAGGUAGUACAGGAUGUGUCUGCCAGUGAGAGGGAGCGUGUGCUGGGUGAGGUGACUACAGGGACAGAGUGGGAGAGGAAGACCAGCGUUCACACCAUCCUUAGGGAGCUACGUAACUUCCUGGUUGACACCAAGAGAGCCCUCUGCGGCAUGGGAAAGAGGGGAAAAGGCUUCCAGUAA